AUUGGUGGUCACCUGGUUUAUAAUGCUCAGUACAUCAGCCUUGUCCGCCAACACAAUGUGAACAAUUACGACAACGGCAGCAGACGACACGAGAAGCGAGAUGAAGCUCUCACUCGCUGUUCUCGCCGUCUUUGGACUCUUUGGCGCGUGCCACGCCCAGUCGAGCAGUGGCAGUGGCUCUUCCAACAGUGAGCGCAGCCCAUCCCCCAAAGAAGGCUACAACCCCAGCCCAGGUGAGGACUACGCAUCCAAGCUAAAUAGUGGCUACAACCCCAGCCCAGGUGAAGACUACGCAUCCAAGCUAAAUAGUGGCUACAACCCCAGCCCAGGUGAGGACUACGCAUCCAAGCUAAAUAGUGGCUACAACCCCAGCCCAGGUGAGGACUAUGCAUCCCAGCUAAAUAGUGGCUACAACCCCAGCCCAGGCAGUGACUACAACUCAAACUCAGGCAGUGGCUACAGCUCCAAUCCUAGCAGUGGCUAUAAUUCCAACUCAGACAGUGGCGACAACUCAUCCCCCAGUAAUGGCUACAGUUCCAACCCUAAUAUUGGCUACAGUUCCAACGCAGAUAGUGGCUACAGCUCCAACUCUGGUAGUGGCUACAGCUCAAACUCCGGAAGCGGCUACAGUUCCAACGCAGGCAGUGGCUACAGCUCCAACCCUAGCCGUGGCUACAACUCAAACUCCGGCAGUGGCUACAGCUCCAACUCGGGAAGUGGCUACAGUUCCAACCCUAGCAGUGGCUACAACUCAAACUUCGGCAGUGGCUACAACUCAAACUCCAGCAGUGGCUACAACUCAAACUCCGGCAGUGGCUACAGCUCCAACUCAGGAAGCGGCUACAGCUCCAACCCAGUUAGUGACUACAGCCCAUUCCCCAGCAUAGGCUACAACUCCAACCCUAGCAGUGGCUAUAGCUCCAACACCAACAAUGGCUACAGUCCUAACCCAAGCACUGGCUAUAGCCUAACUCCUAGUAGUAGCUACAGCUCCAACCCAAGCAAUGGUGGCUACGGCUCCAAUUCGAACAGUGGCUAUAACUCUGGUUACAGCAACCGAGUUCCGAGCUACGAACCACAAAGAAGCUACAGCCGUGCCCCAAGUUAUGGAGGUUAUUCCAGUUCCGUCGGGUACGGUCCUACUAGGCCCACGAGUUACUAUGGAGAUGGAUAUGGUGGCGCCAGCUACGGAUCUGAUCGCGAAUACCGUGGAUACCAAGAUGACCGGUAUGCUGAGCAACAGCUGGACAGACUGGACUCUUUCCUUGAAAGCACCUCUGUGAUCACCGCUGUAGACCCUAACGGCCAGAACGCCCCUGCCAACACCACCGUAGACUUCACCCCUUCUUUUGACGGCAUUCCUCAAUACUCUCCAUCGGCCAUCACCGGAUUCCGGGUCGUUCGUAACCACCA